AGCCAGAUGCUCGCUCGCUCUCUAUGCUUCACUUUCUUAUAAAAGUAUUUAUUUGCUAUACGGGGGAUCAAAACAUGGGCUUUUGCUAGGCAAGUCCUCUCCUGCUGAGCAGGAACCUCCAGCGUUGUUCUAUGUUUUAUUAAGGAGCAUUCCUAGCAUAGUCUAAAUAAAGAGAAAAAUAUAAGACCUCCCGUAUGUCAUCACCUGGCCAUGAUAACUCAUCGCCAAUAUUGUUUUGACUCCAACCCAUCUAUUUCCCCUUAACUAUAUGCUGUAUGUAUGUAUUAUACACACCAGUGUCAUACUGAAAAUAGUUACUUUAAGAACAUCAACUUCCACAGUCUCCUUUUGAGUUGCGCCAGAGCCAGCACCGCCUUGUGGUGGUCCCCCCAGCCGUCCUCGGAGCUGCACGUGCCCAGGAAGCCCUGGUCAGAGAUUUGGUCCUUUUAUCCUGCCUCGGUGACAGUGCCUGCUCUGGUCUGGUCCUUUGCCUAGCGGUUUCCAGAUCCAGGGCUGCUCAGGGCGAGGCAGGGACCCGACGCCCCUCCCACCUCGGCGGGUGCAGCUCCCGCCUCGGCCUCCCCGCCCCGCGGCAGCUCGCAGUGUUUAGCUGCCCGGGAUUCGUGCGUUUCGGGGGCUCAGGUGCACCGGAGCUCGGCUACCCGAAGCCGGGAAGAGCCCCGCGGUCCCUGCUGUCCCCGCGCCCGCAUAGCUGGGCGUCGGCGGUCAGCACCCGAGUGGAUCCCGCCCUGUCCGCGCGGUCUCCAGACAUGGACGCUGUACCGCUCUGGUCGCCUCUGUCAUUGCUGAUACUGCUGCUUCUGUCAGUGGCCAGUGCCUCAGAAGCGGAACACCGCCUGUUCCAGUACCUGUUCGAAGAUUACAACGAGAUCAUUCGGCCUGUGGCGAACGUGUCCCAUCCCGUUGUCAUCCAGUUUGAGGUGUCCAUGUCUCAGCUGGUGAAGGUGGAUGAAGUAAACCAGAUCAUGGAGACCAACCUGUGGCUGAAGCAAAUCUGGAACGACUAUAAGCUGAAAUGGAAGCCCUCUGACUACCAAGGGGUGGAGUUCAUACGCGUCCCCGCGGAGAAGAUCUGGAAACCAGACAUCGUGCUUUAUAACAACGCUGAUGGGGAUUUCCAGGUUGGCGAUAAGACCAAAGCUCUACUCAAGUAUACUGGAGAAGUGACUUGGAUCCCUCCAGCCAUCUUUAAGAGCUCAUGCAAAAUCGAUGUGACCUACUUCCCAUUUGACUACCAAAACUGCACCAUGAAGUUUGGCACCUGGUCCUAUGACAAGGCAAAGGUCGACCUGGUCCUCAUCGGCUCCUCCAUGAACCUCAAGGACUACUGGGAAAGUGGCGAGUGGGCCAUCAUCAAAGCCCCAGGCUACAAACACGAGAUCAAGUACAACUGCUGCGAGGAGAUCUACCAAGACAUCACCUACUCGCUGUACAUCCGCCGCCUGCCGCUGUUUUACACCAUCAACCUCAUCAUCCCCUGCCUGCUCAUCUCCUUCCUCACGGUGCUCGUCUUCUACCUGCCCUCCGACUGUGGCGAGAAGGUAACGCUCUGCAUCUCCGUGCUCCUCUCCCUGACCGUCUUCCUCCUAGUGAUCACCGAGACCAUCCCUUCCACCUCGCUGGUCAUCCCCCUGAUGGGGGAGUACCUCCUCUUCACGAUGAUCUUUGUCACCUUGUCCAUCGUCAUCACGGUCUUCGUGCUCAAUGUGCACUACAGGACUCCGACCACCCACACGAUGCCCACGUGGGUCAAGGCCGUGUUCCUAAACCUGCUCCCCAGGGUCAUGUUCAUGACGCGGCCAACCAGCAGCGAGGGAGAUGCUCAGAAGCCAAGGGCCUUCUACAGUGCUGAGCUCUCAAACCUGAACUGCUUCAACCGCGCAGACUCCAAAAGCUGCAAGGAAGGCUACCCAUGCCAAGACGGGGCAUGCAGCUACUGCCACCACCGUAGGGUGAAGAUCUCAAAUUUCAAUGCUAAUCUCACGAGAAGCUCCAGCUCUGAGUCUGUCGACGCCAUGUUGUCCCUCUCUGCUCUGUCACCAGAAAUGAAAGAGGCCAUCCAAAGUGUGAAGUAUAUCGCUGAAAACAUGAAAGCUCAGAAUGUAGCCAAAGAGAUUCAAGAUGACUGGAAGUAUGUUGCCAUGGUGAUUGACCGUAUCUUUCUCUGGGUUUUCAUCCUGGUGUGCAUAUUAGGGACAGCAGGACUAUUUCUACAGCCCUUGAUGGCCAGAGAUGACACAUAAAUCGUGAUCGGUGCUCCCCGAGGCUCGCAGGUGCUGAUGCAGGGCACCGUCUCCAUAGCACCACAUUUUACCCAGUCACCAGCUUUGGGUUUGCUAUCUCAAGGGUUAGUUACUCAACUCAUCUUGAUUUUUGGCAAAAAGAAAAAAAAAUGUAGAAGAAAAAUGUCUAGUUAUUUACUAUGGAUAAAUGAACACUUAACUAGCCUUGCUGGUAGAACAUGGCAGAAGACUCCUUUUCUUGUGGUUGAAAAUUAACUAGAUAGAAAAUCUUCCCAUUCACAAAUACUAAAUCCACUAGCUCAGUAUCUCUCUAGAUUUCCUCAUUUCUUUAGCCCAUAGUCUCCUUGAAAUUGUAGGCUAUUUCAGCAGUGCCCACACCGAUUCCUGCUUCUUACUGUCUCUCCAAGCCCAAGGGCUGGUCUUCCGUUUCAGUGUUUGUGUUGCUGUUAAACUGCACAGUAUUGCACCCUGAGGAUUGCACCCGCUCUCACCCUCAUUUGCUAAUAGGCUACCCUCAUCUUAUUCAAGUUGCUAAUUUAGGAGAGCAUCCUGUAGAGCCCUGCAUGGCUUUAAUCUCAGCACUCAGGAGGCAGAGACAGAGGCAGGUGAAUCUCUGUGAGAUUUGAGUUUUGAGGCCAGCCUGGUCUAGACAGUGAGUUCCCAGCUAGCAAGGGCUGCAUAGUGAAUGCUAUCUCAAAACAAGACAAAUCCCACAAACUGGACAAUUUAGACACAAAGAUUUUUCUCACAGUUUAGGAGCCUGAGAAGUCUAAGACCAAGGCUCCAGGAAGACUGUCUCGGGAGGAACCUUCCUCAUAAACGUACCUUCCAGUGUGUCUCCAAGUGGCUGAAAGGGCUGGAUUUUCUGGAGUCUUUUACAAGAGCACUAAGCCCACUCAUGAGGGUAGGACCCCAGAACUAAGAGCCUCCCAGAGAGCACUGCAUGGGAAGUUCACAUGUGAGCUGUAAGGAACCAUCCAGACCACAGGAGGAGCCGUCAGAGCAGGGCUUCACCACUUAGCACAAGGCUUUGGGUUCAGAGUUGUGCCAGGGACUUAGCAGCCCUGUGGCUUCUGCCCCUGGAGCCAAUAGCAAACCUCCCACCUUAGCAGUGGGGAUGCCUGGAAUGUAGAAGGGUGUCAUCAGAAUUGGUUCUGCUUAAGGAACUGAUUUGCACCAACUGAGUUUCCCGUAUUAACACUUCUGACUUGGAACCACAACUGGGAACAAUAAUUCACAGAGACCAUUGGAGUAGUCUCAUUAGCUGUGUUUUUUCUCUAUGCAAAAUAAAACCUGACCAUUUC